AUGGCAUCUUCUUUAUCAGAACCCCAGUCACGGGAUUGCAGAGCCGAUGAUUUCCGCAAAUUGCAAGUCACUAUUUUGGCUUCUGAAUGGGGAUCAAGCAAAGGGGGACUUUCCACCAUAAACAGAGAGUUAGCCAUUCAGUUGGCCAAAUGCCCUGAAGGGGAAAUCACUUUCUUUUUACCUCAAUGCAGUCAAGAGGAAAAGAAGGUAGCCAUGAAGCAUAACGUAAAGAUCGUUGAGGCAACACCACUGCCUGGCUUUGAUCAACUUAACUGGCUUUGCUUUCCACCUGAAGAUUUGCAAAUGGACAUUAUCAUAGGUCAUGGAGUUAAACUCGGUAAACAGGCUCAAAUCAUUAAAAGAUCCAAAAGGUGCAAAUGGGUUCAAGUGGUGCACACAGAUCCAGAGGAACUUGGAAUGUUCAAGAACUAUUCAGAUCCAAUUUCAAAAGGCGAGGAAAAGCACAAGAUAGAAGUAAAACUGUGUGAAAUGGCAGAUCAUGUUGUUGCGGUUGGUCCCAAGUUGAGCGAGGCCUUCCGCUCCUAUCUUCGCAGCUGCCAAAAAGAUGACAAUGUUGUUGACUUCACUCCGGGAGUAUUUGUAGAAUUUGCGACUGUGAGGCAGGCAUCUAGCGAAAGGCAACAACGCAGUGUCUUGGUGUUUGGUCGUGGAGACGUAGAGGAUUUCAAAUUGAAAGGAUUUGACAUCGCUGGGAAAGCGGUUGCUGAGUUAGAAGAUACUCGUCUUGUCUUUGUUGGAGCUCCAGAUGGAAAACACAAAGAAAUUGUAAAAUUGUUGACUGAAUGUGGUGUCCCUGCAAGUCGCUUGAGAAUAAGAGGAUUUGUUCAAGAUCGGGAGAGUCUAAGGCGCUUGUUUCAAGAAGUUGAUCUUGUUGUCAUGCCUUCAAGAACAGAGGGCUUUGGGUUGACAGGACUGGAGGCCUUGUCAGCUGGUCUCCCUGUGCUCGUCAGCCGCAACUCCGGUUUUGGAAAAGCUUUACACAGUGUACCUUUUGGAUCAACAUAUGUAGUGAACUCAGAGGAACCGGCAGAUUGGACCUCUGCUAUCAAAACAAUCUUGGUCAAGGACAGGAGAAGUCGGCUUGAGGAAGCAAAAACCUUGCGCGAAUUCUAUGGCAAGAAAUACAACUGGGCCAAACAGAUAAAAGAUCUCAUUGACACGAUGAUCAGUUGGGUGGACGGUAUGAACGCCAAUUUUCUUUUUAUGAAAAAAAUAUUCUUAACACAUUGCACAAGGAAUAAUAGGAUGUGGACUCUAAUAAGAAUUGAAAAUAAACAAACCAAACCAAAUUUGAGUAAUAUCUGCUGCCUUUUUGUCCUGGCUGAGAUCAUGAAAAAAAAGGCGAUUACUAAGUUUUAUGUUGCAUGUAAGCAAACAAAGUAAAGUAAUAUCGACCCAAACCAUCUAUCAUAUGCUUUAUUUCCAGUUCACUGGCUUAUGGGAUUAUUCCAUACAUCAUCUGCAUUUACCAAAACAGCCUGUUGUCAUCUACUCUUUUUUAUCAACAGAUGAUUCUUUAGAUUACCAGAGCUCUUCAGAAGCAAAAGGCAGAAUUUUUCCGUCAAGUGAUAGAGCUUCUCAGCGAACAGAGUGGACAACUGUAGACCCUGAAGGUAUCCCUGAUGACUUAAUAAUAAUAAGCUUCUUGAAUGCCAUUGCUGAUCAAAAGCAUAAGAUUUGUUCAUUAAAUUUGUUAACAUCAUUUGAAUCGGUUUUUUGUUGUAAGUCCUUGGCUUAUGCAAGUGUGGAUGAACGAUAGCUACAAUCAGGGAGAAAAGUAGUUGACACACUUGUUUAAAAUGGGUGCUUUUAUCAAUAAUUUCAUUCAUUUAUUAUGUCAUUUCUUUUAAAUGCGGUAAAUCCCCUCACCCGAAAAUCAAUGUUGUCUGAAGUAAAAGAAAGACUUGAGGGUCCAAAAUACAACAUUGAUUUUGGAGGGAAGGGGUUGGGGUACAGAGGGCAAGGGGAUAGGUAUGUCCACUAUGCAAAAUGGGGCCAUUUUUGGGAAGUCUCGACCUCAACACUUUUGUUCCUCAUUGUAGGUUCACUUGCAUCUAUACAUACCACUAAAGUAGAACAGUGGGCUUCAGUCUGCCUCGAACUAGUUUAGGAUUUCGCUUUUUCUCCAUAAGUUCAAGAACAUUUCAACUUCUAGAGUUCUCGAAUCUCCCAAAAAUAGUGUUUGAAGGAAGAGAGAGAAAAGAAAAAAGAGUAUGUGGCAUGUGUGAACAUGUGAACAUUUGUGUACUUUUCAUGUACAAAUUAUUGGAUCUCAUUAUGCCUGAAAAGUGCCAAAAUAUUGUAAGAAAACUAAUAAAAGCCAAUUAAAGAAAUUCCUUUGUUGAUUUUAUUCAUUUAAAUAUUUCAGAGGAAAGCUAUUACGGAGCUCAAGCAAAGACUUUUUCGGUCAGCGCCACCUUUCAACUUGACUUGAGGCCUUUCCCUUUUGACAUGCCUUGAAGCUACCAAAAGUGUAUUGCUAAGUGUCUUUACUCUUAUUGAGACAGUUUGUUGCAAAGCGUUUUGGACAUAACAACUGCCCAAGAUGCAAUAUGUUCACUUCUGUUCCCCAUUGUGUUGUAUGUGAAACGUCACUUAAGCAGAACACAAGAUACUAACCAGACUGCUCUGUGCUCUGCAAAAUGAAUCAACAAGUUAACUGAGAACUAUGGAUUAAGCAAAUAAUAUUAUUAAAAUCUUGCUAAUUCUCUUAUCAUAAAAAAACUACUUGACUUAAAUUUCAGAGGAUUAUUUUGAAUUAAUCACUGCAAUAGGAUUCCAAAAAUUAUCAAUAUCCAUGACCACUACACCCCUACAAAACAAUGGAAAAUGUGAUUAUAAGUACCUGUUUUUUUUUUUUCAGCUUGGAAUGUUUUUCCAUCUUUACAAAAUUUACGAUCUGAUGCAGAGCAGGUUAGCAAGAAAACCAACCUACCAUCUGACCUGAGAACGAUCGCUGCCAACAAAGGAUUCUUUGUUUCUGAUAACCAAGCAUCCGGGAACUGUUUAUUCCAUGCAUUAUCAGAACAAUUACAAAGUGUCAAAGGAAUUCACAUCUCACACAAAGAGCUAAGAAAAACCUUGGUUCAGUUCCUCGAUGAGAACCCUAAUCUGGUAAGUUGAUGACUAGCCUAACUAUGACAAAAAUUAUUGGUACGGGCCUUCCCUGUCUGUUUGGCGGAUUCCCCUCAUAUGAUAAGGAACUAAACAUAUCAUGCUGUCCGCGUGAGAACUAGUGAGUCAGCUCCACUUAUACUCUUAUAUCACCCAUCUCGUCCUAUUCUUAAUUAGUUCAUAUCACUGCUAAUUACUGCCCUACACCUGUUCCUCAAAUUGUAUCAUGCCAAUAUUGAUUCCUUAACUCAGUUCAACGUUUCUUUGCUAAACUAAAUCGGAUAAAAGCCGGGAUUGAAAAUAAGAAAAAAGAACUGAAGUAUUAUGGGAUCAAGGGCUAAGUUUUCUCAAUCUUCUUUAGUCUGAAAUACUUGAGCUUUGACUGCAAAACUUGGAGGGUAAUAACAACCAAAAACAACCAUUUUAGGUCACUUGUCUUGGUGACAUUGCAAAAAUACCAGUACAUCACGACUUGUAAUACUGGUAGUCGCCUUCUGUUGCCAUCUAAGGUUAAAGGUGACCCAGGUGAAUUUUUUUUAAAAUCCCUGUUAACAGUAUCAUUUCCAUCUGAAAACUACUUCCAGAAUUUUGGAGAGAAUCAAAAUAAUAAAAAGAUAUUCUUUAACAGGGCUGCCUCAAGGGGGGCCCAGUUUAUAAAAUACCUUCUAUUUUCUGCCGAGGGGGUAUUAUCUUGGAAGUCAUAGUGAGGGUGUGCUGUCCAACUCUCCAAAUCUUGACACUAUUUCAGAGCAAUCGCUAUAAGGUUAAUGUAAGAGAGUACUCCCCAGGGAUUUCCUGCAUCAAAGAAUGAGGACUAUCAAUUAUUGACUUAGUAACAGCAAAGCAUAUUAAGUGAAGGCAGCCGCAUCCUCGGAGACACAGGGGCAGCUAGCUGGAGUGAUAGAAUGUUUGUGGUGAAAGUUUACUGUAAGAUUGAUAUGAGCCCCUGGGCACUUACUCUUACCAAACCAAUUUCAGAAGCUUUUGAAUUGCCUGCUUCUGACUGGCCAGAAAAAAAUUUUCUGGCCAACAGCGAAGAGGAACAGCCGGGUGACUCUGGUGUCUUCUUACAUGACAUAGGUUUCGUCCAUGAUUGCCAUUGUUGAGUAGCCCUUUUAACUGGGAAAGUUUCUUGAGAUAAGUUUCAGAAAAAAUGUUAACAAAGGUGGAAAAGUUUCAGAAGUCGUGCAAACAAGCAUGGAGAUCUAUAAUGUAAGCUUGGCAUUGUGUACUAGACAAUGUGAGCAGUGGUGUGGAAAGUGAAAGUUGUGCAUCGCGUAUCAGCAAUAAAAAUUUAUGAUACCUUUGACAGAUCCGUUGUGAAAACUAAUCGGAGAUUGUUUGUUUCUUUUAGCCGUACCAACUACUUUCGCACGGAAACACUUGCUACGCAGGCUAAAUUUUUCCUGCUUUAUUAACAUUUUUUUCUGAAAUUGUCAUCAAUAAACUUUCCUCAUUGAACACUGUACACAAUUAUGGCAAUCAAUGCAGUGUGUGCAGCCUUUAAAUACACUUUCUAGCAGAUUAAAAUCACUCCAUGUCUAUGUCGCCUACUCAGAAAAAAUUGAAAUUUACUUGUUUGAUUGUUUUUGUGUUUUAGCGCGAAGGAACAUCUCUGUUUAACUUUGUCUCUGGAUACUCAUCUUGGCGUGAAUACUUACAAAGCAUGGCAAAAGACAGUACUUGGGGCGAUCAUGUGGUUUUGUUUGCUGCAGCGAAUCACUUUCAAAGUCCCAUCCGUAUUAUCAGCAGUCUCGACCAUGAGAUAGUUGUCCAGCCAGAUCAUGCACUUGCUGAUACCAACCCCCUUGUGUUGGGACACAUUCAUGAGUUACACUAUGUCAGCCUUCACCCCAGACAAGGUAAAACAUUCAUUUCAAUCACAAACAUCCUGGGUUUGUUUUUUGGACUUGUGGGAAUUAUGUUUGAAGAAUUUAUAUACAUAGCUAUUUCGAGAAAGGUUGUCAGAAAAAAUGUGCAUGCGACAGUCCAGAAAGGUAAUAUGGGAUAUGAUCAAUACAUGGUUCCUGACACUGUCUCUGAUGAACCUACUUUCGUUGAUUUCCUUUACCACUUGCAGUCAUAUGUCCUGUCAUUUUUUCAAAUUUCUUUGAAAAACAGUGAACUCAAAACCACCCACAAUACCUUUUGGGCUUGUCGCAUGUACUUUAUGCGACAACCUUCCUCAAAACAGCAAAACAGCUGUUUAUCAGUAGCAGAGGACAUUGCAAGAUGAUGUUAAUACUGUAAAUGUCUCUAUGAGAAUGAACUUUAAUUUUUUUCUAAACAAUAAGUUGUCCCUGCUUAAUCUGAAUACUAGUUGUACAAGAUGUCGUUCCAUCGGAUGUUGUAACCUUGUACUAAAGUGAGCAAGCUCAAAAACCUUCUCAUUUGUGUCCUUAUCCCUGAUUUCGUAGUUAAAAAGGUUUCUAUAAGAGAAAGAAUUAGAUAUUGUUAAGUUCAAUGUGUGUUAGGGCAAAUCUUAGAAGCAACAAACAGCAUAUCUCAUUUAUACCUUUAAAUAAUUGUAACUGAAAUGAAGGAGUUAAAGGACAGAACUUGUCUAAAUCUUUUUUUAGGAUUGCAAAGAUUGCUCAUCACUGUUUAAACUUUCAGUUUUCCUUGUUUCGAUCCUUUCAUUUGUUAUCCCUCCUUUUUUUCCAAGUCAUUAUAUAUGUCCGUGAUUAUUGUAGGAGUUGUAGUUGUGUUUGUUUACAUGCUUGAGGUUAAAUCAGAAAGCGCUAUGUUAUCACUUGGACAUGCCGACACACUCCAAGUGUUCAUUACCGUAAUUCCUGAUCAGAGAGGUACCCAGAAUUUACUUCUACUGUAAUAAAACAGUGCAAAGAUAUAAGAGAACUCUUGCACUAACCUGAUUCCUUUUCGGUCUGAGGUCACUCGCUCAAACUCCAUCAGCUUGUUAGCUAAAAUGCUAUGCUCUCAACUAUUGUACAAUGAAUUAGAUCAUUAGUGUUGUUUUUUGAAUAAUUUCUAUAACUGGUCAUUUGUGAAGAAUAACAGCUGUUUAAUGCAUAAAUAAAUAGAGUGGAGAAUGUGCAAUUUUUACCCUUGAAACCUAGCGUGUGCCGCAGAGGAAACUAAACUCUAGUAAAGUCCGUCUGCAAAAUAGCACUGAAAUCCUUGUUAUACUGGUGCUGCUUCACAGACAUUACUAACUAAGGUUAAAUUACGUCUGCGACACAAGUAGGGAGUCAAGUUAGAAGUUUAAUAUAUCGAACAUGGGCUAUUCGCAAAUCUGAGCUAUCUGUGAAAUGUCCAUCUGUUACAUCCAAUAUAAAAUUUGAAGUUCCAUUAGGGAAAAUCACACACUUCUCAUUGGUUUAGACUUGAAAUAUGAGCUGCAAGUUUAUCAUUUUAAUUCUUAUGUUUUGAUUACAGUAAACACACAUAUAAGAACACACUAUUUCAGAGGUCAGGCUGAUUGAGUUCUUAUUUAUCGGGUGCUUAAUGACAAAUUAGCCUCAAAAUGUUGUUAAAAUGUUCUUAAGUUUUUAUUUAGUAAUGCUAUCCAAAACAUGUUGCUAGAGGUAUAUUUAGCAUAUUUUAGUGAAACAAAAUAAAUAAUAAUAUUCUGUAAUUUGAGUAUAUUAACAACUGAAGUUAUCCGACAGCAAACAUAAAAUUACAUGUUUUGUAAUUAUGACACUUUUUUCCAUUUUGUAAGAACAUGUUACAAUUUUCAGGCUGACCUUGUUCUUAUAAAAAUAGGGCUUUAUUGGCCAAAUUUCAGCCGGGUGUUCUUAAUCCAUUUGUUCUUAUAUGCGGGUGUUUACUGUAUUUUGACCUAAAAAAUAAAAGGUCACACAUUUGGCUGAACCCAUCCCUCCUCGCAAAGUUGGGAAGAACCCACUGAUUUUUAAGCAAGUGAGUGAUUAGUUCUUUAGAAAAAACUUUUGCAUGUGGCCCAACCUUAAGAGAACCUUUUGUUAGGGGCUAUUUACAUGGAGACAGAAAGAUUUUAGAACUAGGCAGAUCUUAGAAGGGGGAACAACUUAUCAUUUGGUAAAUACAUGCAAGGUUGUGGUCAGGUUAACUGUUAACUGCCUUUAGACAGACUGAGGCUUUUUUGGCUAAAUCUGGCAGUUUGUUUUUACUCAUUUUACUGUGAGGCUGGACAGCAUGAAGCCCAUCUUCCUCCAAUGUAUAGUUGUCUUUCACUACAUUCAAAAGAAUUGAUGCUGUUGUAUUAGUACAUGCUGCUUUCCUCUGUACGUGUAUCUCUAAAGUGGACCACUUAUAUUUUUUAACAAAACCUGUCCCAAUGUAAUAUUUUUUAUACCCUCAAUCAGAAACUACCAAAAUAAUCCUGUAAUGAUGACAGACAAAACUGUCCUGCACUUUCAGUUAGCGCAGAAAUAUUCAAUCAUUCAAAUACUCAUGCCACAAAUUCCAUCUCUGAUGAUUCAAAAAGGUAUAGGUUUUGCCAAUUUGUACAAUGAAGGCCACGUUUUAGCUGAAACUUUGGGAUUUUAACAUUAAAAUUUUAUGUACUGUUUAAGGUGGCUCGACUGGAUUUUUUGGGGGGGAUACCUCCCAAGUUUGAGCCUUAACCACGUCGACAUGAGUAAAGAUAUGGAAAAAAGGUUACCACAACUGUAUUACAUAAGGAUGAAAAUUUCUUAUGAUCUGAGUUUUAUUGCAAUCGGAGUCGCCAUGGCAACGUAAUGACGCCAUUACGUUUUUCAUUUAUCUUUGUGUUUCUCUGUACCAGGUUUUUUGAAGAAAUCGCUUAAGGGAGUAUGUACCUGCCAUAAUUGCCUCCAUUAUGGCAAAGUUUGAAGAAAUUCUAUGAGGCGUUUUCGAAAUAUUUUGAAAUGCAGUUUUAAGAAUCAUAAAAACAGUGAAAUAGCAUGCUAGCCACACAAUUCGCUAAUAUUUUAAGAAAAUGAUAAGCUUUGGGAACGCGGCUUCAUCUCAUAGUGGUUCGAAUCCAUUGAAAACUGCAUACAAAAAAAGAGGGGAAUUGCUCUGGGCGAUCGCGAGUAAGAAGAAUUUUAUUAACUUGCAUUCAGAUGCUUUUGAUACAGUUUUUGGAGGUAAUUUAGUCCAUGCCUAAAAAUUUCGCAUUUUUCCAAAAACCGCUCGAUAAAUUUUUUUAUAAAUUCGACAAUUCCGAGAUCAAUCGUCAAGAAAUAUUCCCAGCAAGUUUUAAGAACAUUGAAAACAGGAAAGGCUUUUAAAUAGGGCCGCAAAUAUAGCCAAUUUUCACCCCAGAUUUUGUGUUUACAAGCGAGCGUCCUCAUUAUUCACUGGCGUUGUUUUCAAGUUUCAUAUACACGUGCACAUUUAGCAAAAAGAUAGAAUUUACAUCAAAAAGGACCCUCGGUUAAAUCUCCGGGAUAUAUGCUAAUUACCGGGUAAAGAGGUUAGUGAUACAUUAUAACAUCAGAGCAACUCUUUGUGAGAGUUUCUGUGAUGUUAUAACCCGAGUAAGAUAAUUAAGUCUGGCAUCCUACACGAUGAGCAGUGACGUUCACCGUUUCGGCUCUCACUGCUAUCUGUGACGACAAGCCAAUUAUUAGCAUAUACCGGACAUUUCUUCGGAAAGUAAUUCGAGAGUUCUUUUUUAUGCAAAUUUAUAUCUUUUGCUAGUUGUGCACGUGCAUAUGAAACUUGAAAACAAUGCCAGUGAAUAAUGAGGACGCUCACUUGUAAAUACAAAAUCUGGGGUGAAAAUUGGUUAUGUUUGAGUCCCUAUUUAAAAGCCUUCCCUGUUUUCAACGGUCUUGAAACUUGCAGGGAAUAUUUCUUGACGAUUGAUCUCGGAAUUGUCGAAUUUAUAAAAAAAUUUAUCGAGCGGUUUUUGGAAAAAUGCGAAAUUUUUAGGCAUGGACUAAAUAAACUCCAAAAGCAUCCGAAUGCAAGUUAAUAAAAUUCUUCUUACUCGCGAUCGCCCAGAGCAAUUCCUCUCCUUUUUUGUAUGCAGUUUUCAAUGGAUUCGAACCACUAUGAGAUGAAGCCGCGUUCCCAAAGCUUAUCAUUUUCUUAAAAUAUUAGCGAAUUGAGCGGCUAGCAUGCUAUUUCCCUGCUUUGAUGAUUCUUAAAACUGGAUUUCGAAAUACCUCGAAAACGCUCUCAUAGAAUUUCUUCAAACUUUGCCAUAAUGGAGGCAAUUAUGGCAGGUACAUACUCCCUUAAGCGAUUUUUUCAAAAAACUCCUGGUACAGAGAAACACAAAGAUAAAUGAAAAACGUAAUGGCGUCAUUACAUUGCCAUGGCGACUCCGAUUGCAAUAAAACUCAGAUCAUAAGAAACUUUCAUCUUUAUAUAACACAAUUGUGGUAACCGUUUUUCCAUAUCUUUACUCAUGCCGACGUAGUUAAUGCUCAAACUUGGGAGGUAUCAACCCCAAAAAAUCCAGUCGAGCCACCUUAAAGGAGUGUAUUACUGCAUGACUGUGAGUUUUUUGAAUGGCUUCAAAAUAUUUGAUAUACUUGUAUGUCAACUUAUUCUUGCACUAAUAUUUAGAUUUGGGGUUAUUUUGGUCUUAAAAAUUGGAAGUAAAGUUUAGCUGUGUCUUCAUCAGAUACAAAGACACUCAUUAAACGUUAAUUUCUUUUGUUUUUUAUUUAUGAAUUAGUAAUUAGUUUUUGAAAUGAAUUUAACAGUCAGUAGGUGUGCAGACACAGCAAAAGAAGAAAUUCAAUUAUUACUAACAGCACAAUCUUAUUGGGUAUUGCUGUGAUGUAUAGUACUGUUUCAAUAAAAAGCAAUAUAAUAUUCCUUGUGCUAUAAAGAUAUUGUGCUUAUUUCCAGUGCUAAAUUUUGCAAUGUUAGUAUGAAGAGAGCCAAUCUUACACCAAGAAGCCAUGUUUAAGUCUCAUUUAAUGCUAGUGGCAAAAAGGUGCAAGAUACAGGUUCUGACACUUUUUUCUGUGUCUUUGCAACCUGCCAUUAGCACUCCAUAUUGUUAAUAUUAUAUAUUAUUUUACUGAUUUCCACUUUUAUUAUCAUUAAUUUUUAUUAUUAUUUUUUUAAUUCACUGAUUAGGAUCUAAGAUAAUAAGAACCUCAGAAUAUUCAACAAGCAGAUCAGAGGACAGUGAUGGCAGUACACCCCAGCUUACCACCGAUUUUCCAGAGGAUACAACUAGAAGGUCAGACGGAGGUGAUGGUUCUGCACCACAGCUUACCAGCUGUCUCCCUUCUUGUGGAAACAAUACUGCAAGCAACACAGUGAAGCCAAUUAGAAGUCCUCCUGAGCUCAAUAAAGUUCUUCCAUCCAUGGCUGACAUUAAAACAAUAACCAAACCUUCAAAAGAUGCUGGUCAGCCUGUUGAUGUUAUUGUCAUGCCAGCAACAAAGAAGAAGAGACAUGUGGCUGAAGACUCAGAUGAAGAAGGUAAUUUUUGUUGUUAGAAAAUAGGUUCACUUAUAGUUGAGAGUGGAAAUGUGAUCUCUGAGGCUAAAAAAGAAGACCAACUUUAAGGGUACCUUCUUCUUCUUCAAAGAGGUUCCAAAGUCGCUCCAAAGGUGAAAUUCUCAGCCGGGCGAGGCGAAAAGAACGGCUGAGCCGUUCCAAAUUGAAACAGGCAUUCAGACGCCGAACGUUUCAUGUACUUAAUUCAAUGUAUUAGCUUCAGCUCAUGAAAAGUUCGGCGUCUGAACCGGGCCUUACUGGUUCACAUGACUUACUAUUCUGAAAUAUACUUUUCCAUGCUAUUCUCAUUGAUAGUGAUAUUUUAGUUAACCACUUUUUCAAGUAAAUAGUGAUAAUUGAUUGUUUCUCCGAUAGGGCUGCAGCAACAUGAGUAUAAGGACGGUCCAACCGAAAGGCAACCAUCAACAUCUUCAUCCAGCAACGCUUCACAUGAUUCGUCAUUCAACUGCACUCAAACUAACGAACGAAAAUUAGCCUCUUCCAUCAUCGAAGAUAUGAAGAAACACGUCCGAGAAGUCACUGAGCAGCCUUACGGAGAUCUUAAAUCACCUUUUCAUAAUCCAGGUGAAGGACCCAGAAGAGAUCUGAAGCUUGACGAAAUCUUCACCAAUUUAAUUAUUUAUGAGGGGAGAGUUAAGUAUGACUUUUCUGGAGACAGAAUGGAACAACUAAAAGAGUACCACAAAGCCAAUGAAAAUUUGCGACCCACGCUUCCAGGAGAUAUUUUUGGUGCUAAAAAACGGAAAAUUCUUGUUGUUGGUCGUCCUGGAAUUGGAAAAACCAUGUUUAGCACAAAGAUUCUUCGCGACUGGGCGUCCGACACCUUGUUUAUCAAAACACAAAAAUCGCAAAUAGAUUUUAAAGUUGCCUUCCUCAUUAAGCUGAGGAUGUUUAACUCUAGAAGCAAAGAACUAAAUCUUCGCGAGCUUCUGGAUCACUCAGAAUAUUCAACAGCUCUUUCCCAAGAGAUCUGGAACUACAUUCGUCACAACCCAGAGCGAAUACUGGUGAUUUUUGAUGGAUUUGACGAGUAUUCUUAUAGGACUGAAAUCAGUAAAGAUGACGUUCCGUACAGAAACAAUGAAGAAGACAAGAUGCCUGUCCAUUUCCUGCUGAAGAAAAUAGUAACGGGAAAAAUUCUUACCGGCGCGACAGUCUUAACGACUACAAGACCCAAUGCCGUGUCAUGUGUCAGAAGUCUUAAUUUUAACAGAGCAGUUGAAAUUCUGGGAUUUACAACUGAGCAAGUGAAUGACUAUGUACGGAAGUUUACAAAACUGGAAGACAAAGCAGAAACCAUAAGGCAACACAUCACCAGUAACUUGAACCUUCUAGCCUUCUGCUACAUUUCUGUAAAUUGUUUCAUCAUUUGUUGCUGCUUGUUAGAGUUGCUUGGUAACACUGGCUUUACCAGCCUCCCGACGAGACUGACAGAAAUAUACUCCAUUGCCGUAAGGAUGUUUUACUUUAGCUACGAUGAUGAUCAAUAUCGCCACAAUAAAACUGAAGGUCAACAGUUUUUCCUUAAGCCGUUUAAGAAACUGUCCUCCUCUGUACAAAAGGUGUUCACACGUCUGGGAAAAAUUGCUUUUGAUGGAAUUAAAGAGGGAAGACUAAUUUUUGAAUCACACGAAGUUAACGACCUAGAGAGUAAUGGCCUGUUUCACCGUUUGCCUGAUUUUAGAGACCGUCCUUUAGCAGAGAGAAGAGCGCAAUAUUGCUUUUUACAUCUGACCAUACAGGAGUUCUUGGCGGCGAAGUAUUUGGUAGACACAUUGAGUUCCGAACAACUGCGGGAUUUUGUUUCCUCUCACAUCAAGGAAGGCGCGUGGAAGGUUGUGAUGCAGUUUGUGGCUGGACUGCUGGCUGAAAAAGAAGGAAAAUCAACAGAUAUUUUCAGUGACCUUCUUCCCUCAACAACUGUUACUAAAGAAGAUCAAAUCAAGAUAAAUGAAGAUUCAGAGGAACGAAAGAAAACACUGACCUUUUGGCCAGCUGUUGAAGACAAUGCUUUAGUGGUGACGCUAUUCAAUUGCAUGUAUGAGAACAAUGCCUCUGAUCGAAAAGUUCAAAAGAAACUGGCGAAAAUUGGUUGUAAUGCGCUUGAUUUUAGUUUUUGUAACCUGUCUCCUCUCGACUGUUUAGCAUUAGUGCAUGCACUUAAAUCUGUUGAAGGAAUUUUGGAUUUUAAUUUAAGCCGCAACAACCUUCAGUCGCUAGGAUGUAUUGACAUUGCGAAGUUGUUACCUGGCAACCAACACAAUCAGGGUUUUUGCGAACUAAAAACAUUAAACCUCGGGGUUAACAAGAUAACUGAUGGAGCAGUUAAACAUUUAUCUACAGCACUCACACACACUAACUGCAAACUAAACAGCUUAUACCUCGAUAGUAACAACAUAACUGAUGAAGCAGUUAAACAUUUAUGUACAGCACUCAGACACGCUAACUGCAAACUAAACAGCUUACACCUCGCGGAUAACAAAAUAACUGAUAAAGGGGUUAAACAUUUAUGUACAGCACUCACACACACUAACUGCAAACUAAAGAGCUUAUACCUCGGGGAUAAAAUAACUGAUAAAGGGGUUAAACAUUUAUGUAGAGCACUCACACACACUAACUGCAAACUAAAGAGCUUAUACCUCGGGGAUAAAAUAACUGGUAAAGGGGUUAAACAUUUAUGUAGAGCACUCACACACACUAACUGCAAACUAAAGAGGUUAAGCCUCAUUCGUAACAACAUAACUGAUGAAGCAGUUAAAUAUUUAUCCGCAGCACUCACACACACGAACUGCAAACUAAACAGCUUAUACCUCGAUAAUAACAACAUAACUGAUGAAGCAGUUAAACAUUUCUCUAUAGCACUCACACACACUAACUGCAAACUAAAGAGCUUAGACCUCCGUGGUAAUCAAAUAACCCAGAAAGGUACAAAUCUCGUAAACUCAUUAAAUAUAAAAUGUAAAGUAUAUUUCUAA